UCUGCCCAGGUGUCUAGCUUGCGAUGCACGUAAAAGAAAGUGUGCACUGGCCAGCAUGCCACUGGAUUUGGAACUGCCGAUAUGAAUUGGCUUGCUGAGCUAAGAGGUGCCAUGGCAGGCCCACUGGCCACACUUCUGCUGUACACGGCGCUGAUGGUGACGCUCCCUCUGGGUGCCUUCUUCGGAGCCCAGUGGGCGCUGGCUGAGCUGUGGCAUGCUUCAACUACGGCAUGCUCUGUGGGUGCCACCGUGGCCAGUGUGCUCUGCGUCCACCUGGUCCUCGGCCUGUUUGUCUACGAGGCUUACCACGAGGCCACCCCUGACCUUGAUGAGAAGAUCGACUGAGAGUGUGCUCCUGUGCAGCUCUGCCGCUGUCACUGCCACGAUACGCUCGUGUCAACACUCUGCUGCUGAACACGUCUACUGUGAUACAGCAACUGGAGCAGCGGGGCUUCCGGUGGGUGCGUUACCCACGCCGACGUGGACUGGACUGGUU